AUGUCCGUGAGCGUGACGAUUGGGGUGAUGAGACCCCUCCUCGGCAAGCUCGCGGACCUGGCGGGCAACGAGUACAGCAAGCUCAAGGGGGUGAAGAAGCAGGCGGCCUUCCUCGAGAAGGAGCUCAGCGCAAUGAACGCCGCACUCGAGAAGAUGGAGGUCAUGGACGAGCUUGAUCCCGUGGCUAGGGACUGGAGGGAUCAUGUCCGGGAGAUGUCAUACGACAUGGAGAACUGCAUCGAUGACUUCCUGCGCCAGUUUGGAAGUGGUAAUGCAAAGCUAGGAUUCAUCAAGAAGACGGCCCGACGUCUCAAGAUGUUGGGACAGCUCCAUCGGAUUGCCGACCGCAUGGAAGAGCUCAAGGCUCUUGCGCUAGACGCAAAUGAACGACGCCUCAGGUACAAGUUUGAAGACCGCAAACCUGAUUCUAGCUUUGUUGCUAUUGAUCCUCGCAUGACAGCAAUAUAUGUGGAAGCUGCUGGCCUUGUGGGCAUCGACGGUCCAACUGAGGAGCUUGUCAAUUUGCUGUCAGAUACUCAGGAGAAGCUCAAAGUGGUGUCCAUCGUGGGAUUCGGAGGACUGGGUAAAACUACACUGGCCAAAAAGGUGUACGAUGAGAUCAAAGGGGAGUUUGAAUGUACAUCAUUUGUUUCUGUAUCCCAAAGACCAAAUAUGACGGGGCUUCUCCAUCGUAUACAACUAAAACUUGGGAUGAAUCAGUCUUCUCGGGUCUAUGAGGUGCAAGACAUUAUUGAAGAGCUUAAGGAAUAUCUCACAGAUAAAAGGUACCUUAUUGUAUUGGAUGACUUGUGGGACCAGUCAGCAUGGAAUACUAUCAGUCGCGCAUUUCCAGAAAAUGCUAAUGGGAGUAGAGUAAUGGUUACCACACGUGUGGAAGGCGUGGCUUGUGGAGCAUGUUGCAAUCAGCCUGGGUGCAUUUACAGAAUGGAGCCCUUUGACGAGGUAGACUCAAAAGAGUUAUUUUUUCAUAGAGUGUAUGGGUCUGAAGAUGACCGUUCAUCCCAAUUUGAAGAAAUCUCAGCUAAGAUUCUAAAGAAGUGUGGUGGGCUCCCACUUGCAAUAAUUACUAUAGCUAGCCUAUUAGCUACUCGUCCUGAAAGGUUAAGGGAUGAGUGGGAGAGCAUCAAGAAUUCUCUUGGAACCCAGUUUGUGGUAAACCCCACUUUGGAUGGGGUAAAGAAUAUAUUAAACCUUAGCUACAUCCAUCUUCCCCUUCAUCUCUGGGCAUGUUUGCUGCACCUUGGUUUAUAUCCAGAAGAUCAUGAGAUCGAGAGGGAUGAUUUGGUUCGACAAUGGUCAGCUGAAGGACUUGUCAGUAAAUUGCAUGGGAAAGACUCUGAGAUUGUUGCGCAAAGCUAUUUUAAUGAUCUUGUCAACAGAAGCUUGAUUCAGCCUGGACGUACCUCGGAUGGCGAGUUGGUAUCAUGCAGAGUACAUGAUAUGAUGCUCGAUUUGAUCCUAAGCAAGUGUGAAGAGCAUAAUUUUCUGAUAGUUGAAUGCAAUCCUGAAGAGAUGGUAAGAGAUCAUGGCCGAAAAUAUAAGACACGUCGUAUAUCCAUGAACUUCAGUAAUGGUGGUGCAGCAGAUGAGACAACAUCAAGGACUAUUCCUUCUAGCCUAUCACAAGUUCGAUCACUUGCGCUUUUCGGGGAAUCCAAGUACAUGCCCCCUCUUUUGCAUUUUAAGUAUCUCAGGGUCCUUCUCUUCAAAAGUUUGGGCCACAAAGUAAUUGAUCUCACGGAUAUUGGCCAACUGUUCGAACUGAGGUAUUUAAAAGUUUCAUCUAAAGGAAAAGUCAAACUCCCUGCCGAAAUGCAAGGGCUUGUGCAUUUGGAGACACUAGAUUUAGAUUGCAUGUGGGCCAUAGAAAUCCCAUCGGAUAUAGUUAACUUGCCCCGCUUAUCCCACUUGGAAGUUCCAUACGGAUGCAAAGUGCCUAAAGGGAUCAGGAAAAUGAAAUCAUUGCACACUUUGAUUGGGUUUUACCUGGGCCCGAGUUCAUUGGAGGAUAUUGAGGGACUCGGUGAGCUUACCAAUCUGAGACGCCUGGGGCUCUCAGUGUAUUUUCUAGACGGACUUGAGAUAGCAGCAUGGGUUGCUUUGGCGCAUUCUAUUGAGAUGUUGCAUGAUCUCAGAUAUCUCAGCAUCAUUUGCCAUGCCGCUUAUACGAGUGACCUGCUAGACUCAUUAUCAAAUCCUUCUCGUCAUAUGAAGGUACUUAAGCUGUGUCCACUUAGGAUGCCUAGAGUUCCCAAGUGGAUUUGUGAUCUCCAAUGCCUCUGCCGGCUAGAGCUGAAUGUCGACACGUGUACUGACGAGUUGCACGCUCUUGGAGAGCUGCCCUCUCUCGUCCACCUCAAAUUACGGAUGUGGAGUAUCCCUGAAGACAGCUGUGUCACUUUCUCCGCGGGAUCAUUUCCGGUUCUGGAGGUCUAUGAAUUUGAAUCAGAGUAUGAUGUUACUGCGUACCUGGUCUUUGCGGCAGGGGCUAUGCCCAAACUAAAUUUGCUUGUACUACAGUUCGACAAGCGUAACUGGGGCGGCGCUACACCAGUUGGCUUGGAGCACCUGUUGAGCCUCGAGUAUAUCAUUGUACGUAUCAUCUGCGGCCUUGAAGAAGUGAUGGAUAAAGCAGAGACAGAGUCUGCCUUCAGGAACUGUACGGAGGUGCAUCCAAACCGUCCUCUGUUUCACAUCUCAAAUAGAGCACGAUAA